CCCGAGCGUGCACACCAUGUCCACUCUCACCGGCACGGAAUCAAUUCUUCAGGCCACACGCUAUCCUUUUGGUGGUUUCGGGACCAGCACUAUCGCUGCCACCAGUGUGCUGGGCUCACCCGGUCGCUCUCCUCCGACAGGACCUACACUUGUUCCAUUCAUCUUCACACCUCCUGGCUCCAGACGGAACUCGAGGGCCGUUACUGACCCAGUCACCAGGACUGGCAGACGGUCCCUUCUUUCGGGUGUCACACCCUCUCAACACGCUGAAUCGGAGCCAGUUCGUCCGUCCCGCUCAGAAUUUUAGGGGUAGGCGGUGAGACUAUCGAGAGAAACUGGGCGGGCGACGGCUGGGAUUCCCAUUAUCAGCUUUCUUUGCUCUGUUUAUUGAUAUUCUGGGACUUCGGACUUACUGGACAGGUCGUAAUCGACGAAGAAAGGGCCUGAAAAAGACACUGUACCACUGUAUAAAGGACUUAUCGGUCGUGAAGAUCACAAUUGGGACUGGUCCCGACCGUACUCUUGUCGCAUGUAACCUCUCGUAUUUCCGCUCCUCUCACCUCUUCGUUUCCCUUCCGCCCUUCCAAUAUCCAUAUUUAUAGUUGAAGACUCAUCGUCUAAGCCACAUUCUCA